UUCUCUCGUCAUUCUCCUCACUGACACCUCGUAUAAACCUCGUUCAAUCCACCAUUGCAACACACCAUCUCUCCCAAACAACAAUUGGCACAGAAACCCUCAAACCCAACAACAAACAUCAUGGAUGGUGAACAAGACCAUAACUUUCAGUCAGCCCACCAACUGUCCCUCCACACAAGAAAAUACCAAUCAUUCCGUAACCUUGAUAUCCCACCUCGUAAGCUUCUCACUCGUAGACUUGCUGCUUUAUCAUCUGAACCAUCUUUCGAUAUGUAUCAAUCUCCUAGGGUUCUUUCUGAAGAAAGCAUGUUCCACAAAUUCUUGCCUAACUCUUGUGUUGAUGAUGAUUCUGAUCCAUACGCUUCUGACGAGUUUCGGAUGUUCGAGUUCAAGGUGCGGAAGUGUACUCGCAGCCGGUCGCAUGACUGGACCGAUUGCCCGUUUGCUCAUCCGGGCGAAAAGGCUCGCAGGAGAUGUCCGCGUCGGUUUUGUUAUUCGGGUGUAAUGUGCCCGGACUUCCGUCGUGGAUGUUGUGUCCGUGGGGACACAUGUGAGUUUUCUCAUGGGGUGUUUGAGUAUUGGCUCCAUCCGUCUCGCUACCGCACUGAAGCGUGUAAAGACGGGAGGAGUUGUAUGAGGAAGAUCUGCUUUUUUGCUCACACUUCUAGCCAGCUUCGAUCGGUUUCUGUUUCGGAGAUGUUGGUUCCUCCGAACAAGCAUUGCGCUUACUGUCGCUGCCAUCGUGCUAUCCAACACACCGUGUCGCCUACUUCGGUUCUGGAUGAGAACAAGGUGUCACCACCCUCUUCUCCACAGGUCUCACCCGCGCAACACACGGGUGGGUAUUCUCCUAUUUCGCGUUUCCAAGUUGAGUCAUCAACUGCAAUGACGACUCAACUUGGAAACGCGGGUUCUAGCUGUUUCCAAGUUGAGUCAUCUUCUGGAAUGACUCUACUUGGAAACGCGGGUUCUAGCUACAAAGAAGUCAUGACACCUGGUGAGAUGAAAGAACUCAUGUACAACAUGAACACUAUGACUUUGAAUGAAGUUGAUCAAACUCCGAAUUCUAACCCCGAGUGGGUGGAUUCUUUCGCUGCUUAUAAUGAUGAUCAGCGGUUAUUUUGUUCUCCCUAUCCGUCAACCUCGUCCCCUUCAGCAUCUGGAUCAAGUUGGGUUCCUCCCGGAGACAGCAAUUACGCGAUGAAUAACCUUGAGGAAGACACGUUUGUGAGUGAGACCGCUAUAGCUCGUCCAGAUCUUGAAUGGGUGAAUGAUCUCCUCACUUAGAUGAUGAAGGAGCAAGAGGAACGUACUGAAGGAGAUGUCUACAUACAUGAAUAAGAAGAAUAAUGUUUAUGCAAUUGUCAUUAGAACUUUAUUAAUAAUUACUACUAGAUUUAAAAAUAUAAUUAUCUUAGUGGUUCCGAUUAUGGUUAGAAAGCUUGUGGUCUUAUGUUAAAAGUAGUAGCAGAGAUAUGAAGUUGUAUAUAUUAAAACGGUA